CUCCCGCCCUCCCCGCCGCCCCCCGCGCGCGCCCCUAAGCGACAUGCAAAUGAGGUUCUGUUUAAAAUCCAGUUUGGUCGGUGAGUCCUGUGCGUCCACAUCAGUCUCUUCAGGCAACCCUUUUCUUUCUCCGUUGGUUCUCCUACCUUUUGAAAAAGGAAAUGAUCAUUGAGCCUAGGUCCUGUGGACGGGCCCCGAAUCCCCAGCACCCGAUGGACCCUUCCAGCCCGGAGCGGGCAACCGAGGAGGCGGAGCCCUCCGGCCCUCCUCCAGAUACCCCUGGCGUGCGCCUCCGUCGCCGCCGCCCCCCCGCGGGGCGGGCGGACUCUUCCGCCGACUCCUCCUCCAGCCAGACGUUCUCCCCUUCCACCCGCAAACGGGGCGGUAGGCCCCGAGGCUCUACACCCGGGGAGCCCCCUGAGGCCCCCGGGCCGCCUGACGCGGUGGAGGCUGAGGACGGAGGUGGCGUCCUGUUGAUCGACGCCCAGGGCGUCCCGUACACCGUGCCCCAGGCAGAUGAGGAGGGCGGGGGGUCCCGGGCGCGGAGGGCCCCGCAUUUCUGCCCCGUCUGCCUUCGUGCCUUUCCAUACUUCUCAGACCUGGAACGGCACCGCAUCUCACACUCGGAACUCAAGCCACACACCUGCCCGGCCUGCGGCAAGGCCUUCAAACGGGCCAGCCACCUGCGGAGGCACCGAAACAUCCACGCCGGCCUGCGGCCCUUCCACUGCGCCCUCUGCCCGCGGCGUUUCCGUGAAGCCGGGGAGCUGGCCCACCACGGCCGUGUGCACUCAGGCGAGCGUCCCUAUCAGUGCCCCAUCUGUAGGCUUCGCUUCACUGAGGGCAACACCCUACGACGACAUGCCCGUCGCAAGCAUCCGCAGCCCCCAGAUUCUCCCAGCUCCCUCGCCGGCCCCGGCAUGGACCCGCCGUGGCUGGAGGCCAUGGUCCCAGAGCUGUCCCCUAGCCCUGACCCUGCCCAGGCGGGUGCUGAGGAAGACCUCCAGAAGUCCCCCAGCCUGGACCUUGCUCCUGGAGGCCUGAAGGAGGAGGACGCUGCCCAGGCGGCCUCAGAAGGUCUGGAGGAAAAGCCAGAAUGAUGGUCCUGGCUCAGGCCUUCCCCGCGUGGACCCUGCAGAAAACCCUCCACGGGUUCCCUGCCUGGUACAGGCCAGCGUGAACCUGUCCCGGGCUGGGCCUGCGGAAGACCAAGAGUGAUGCUCCAGGGGGGCCCGCAGGAGACCAGGAACAAACCAGCGGCCCCCAAGAAGACCCAGAGCAAUUCCCUGGGCUGGGCAGAGUCCAGUGAAGGCUGGAGGUGAUUCCCCAGAUGGGAGUAGCCCCUGAGGAUCCCAAAGAGGCCAAGGGUCCCCGGAUCUGAAGUGGUUCUAGCUGAGCCAGGGCUUGGAAUGAUGGGAGCCCAGGUGUCUGGGCAGGGAGGGGGGGUGGGAGGUCUGGCUCUCAGAGGAGAAGUGAGACUCCUUUCUCAGAACUGGAUCGGGGGUGGAUAUGGGGCCAAGGAAAUAAAUGUGUCUGUCUGCCGGC